CCAGCGCCAUCUUGGAUCACGUGAUAACCGGAAGUGACGUAGAUGGAUGGGAUGACGUAAUCGUGUUGAGUUUCGUUUUUAUGGUGUGGCAUCGAAUAUAUAUUUUUAGGUUUUGUGGCAACGAACUCUUGAACCACGUGUUUGGAAUGACAUCAUCCAUUUCUUGUUGGGACAUGUUGUUUUACAAAAUGGCGUCUGCCGUAUCACACCUUUGUAUGCCUCCGCUAAGGUGUAUGGAUACUUUUCUGUGAACCAAUCAGAUUCUUUGAAAUAUGACCUCACCGUUUCUUAACCAAUCACCGUUCAGAUGAAAUAAAGAGUUCCUACCCGAUAUAAGGUUAUCCCGAGCAACGUUCCGCAUUUCUUUCCUGCCUGUCGCCCUGAGUGUACGUACCUGCUUUUGCUUAGACAAUCAUUCUUCACUGCUUCGAAUGGAUCAGGCACGAAACCACAGAGAGGUGAGUAACUUUUUGAAAUAUACCAUUUUUUAGAUUUUUUAAUCUUUAAAAAUAGUUGAAUUUGCAAUAUGUGCUUAAUUUGUCUUUACUUUUUUUCAGAUGGAAAACCUAUUUGAGAAAGAACCUAUGCCUUUGAACGAUAAAGUGUUGAACCAUGAAGACCGCACCCUAGAUGUUCCCAAUGAAUCAGCUAGCUCUUGUAUCAAAAGAAAAGCAGAAGAAACAUCCCAUUUCGAGAAAAAACGCAAAGGACUCUUCACCGAAGAGGCUAUUCCAGAGGAGCUCACUCACAUGGGAGACAAUGUCUUUGUGGGACCCAGCAUUUACAAGGGAAAAGUGACUGUGCACAUCCGAGAGUAUGCCAAAUAUGGUAAAGCUUACUAUCCGACAAGACGAGGAGUGAACUUUGAGCCGUGGUGUUUGAAUGUUCUCGCAACCAACAUGACAGUGGAGGAACCAGACCUGCUGACACUAAAUCUGGAAUUGCCCAAGAAUUUUGUGGUCACGUAUAAAGAUUCCCACUUCACUCUGAAACAACUUUCUGCUCAAGGAGAUGAAAAAAGUAGCCUCAGCAUUACAACGACGCAGUGGGAAGAACUGAUGUCCAACUUUAGCCGUAUCAGCGAUAUUGUCACCAACCUCGUUUAUCAAAACAUGAACUUUUGUGAAGCCUACGAAAGCGUAUCCGACGAACCUGUCAGAGAGGAAAAUCUGCCCCAAUCUUUUGACAUUUCUAUGGGAAGAGCGCGACUUCAAACCAUUCUAAAGACGUCACUUGAAGAACUUCUUAAUCAACAAGACGAACUGAAAUAUCCCCAGCUGAAAGACUGUGAAGAACUUGUUCAUAAAACAGAAACUGUGAAUGCCAUUGCUCUGAGAUUCAAUGCUGUUGACAUCGCCAGACAAUUUUAUGGAAGCAUUUGGGGUGAAGAACCCUAUUUAAUGUUAGUGAAACCUGCUCACUACAUUACCAAGGACUUUUUAAAAUCUGUGUGUUUAAACCAUGUACUCGAUGAAGUAAGAAACACAUUUUGUACUACUAAUGGUGUCUUAGGUAUUGAAUACUAUGAAUAUUUGUAA